UCCCCUCUUCUCUCACUUGCUACUACUAUUGAUUCAAAACCGUUUUUGUUCUCCUGUUCUGUUUGGUCUGAUUGAUCCAAUGUUCUUGUCUGAAGAAGCUGAUCAGUUCGAAUUACCGGUUCAAGAAACCGGCUUCACACGCGAAGAGCUUGAAGAGUUGUUAUCUUUUCUGGAAUCGAAUGAACCGGUUAGUCCAAACUCCGGUUCAGAAGGCUCGACUGGAGCUGCAUCUUCUCUUGAACCUAAUGAACCAGUCAGUCCAAACUAUGGUUCGGAAGGUUCAACUCGGGCGGUGUAUUCGGCAGACGAGAGGAAGAAAAGACGCACGAUAUCGAACCGAGAAUCAGCGAGGCGGUCCCGUUUGCGAAAAAGGAUGCAUUUGGAGAACAUCACGGACGAAGUUAACCGGUUGAGCAUAGAGAACCAGCAACUUAAAAACCGAAUCAGCUCGGUCAUGAAUCAAUAUCACAUUGUAUGGGGAGAAAAUGAACAGCUAAGAUCCGAAUCCGUAGCUCUUUGGACCAAACUCUUGGAUCUUUACUGGACUUUAGCCACCAUGCAACCUCGAUAGCAUAUAUUGCAUUAAACCUUUUACUUUGAAAGG